UUCAAUCCAUACCCUCAUUCAACAACUCUUCAUCUAUCACAACAAGUCAAAUAACAACUAUAACCAAGUCCCAACACCUUCAAAAAAUAUCAAAAAAAAUUCUCAUACAAGUAUUUUAGCUAAAUACACAAAUUUCCUAGCUAGAGCCUUUGUAAAUCCACCUUAUGGAUUGCAUAAUUCCAGUAUCAAUCUUGAAAAGGCGUCGUUCAGGCCGAUUAGGCUACCAAUCACUAUCUGAAAAUGGUUAUGGAGAUUCAAAUACUGAUCAGGUGACUGUAGUUGUGGGGAAGGAAAAGAGAGAAUUCUUGGUGGAGCCAUGUGUAUUGGAAGAAAGCCCUUUUAGGGUUUUGAUUGAAAUGGUGAGAAAAAAAGAAGAUAAAUGGAAAGUAAAUGAGAAUAUUAAAGAAAACAAAGUGAUUUUUGUGGAUGUGGAUUCUAUCUUGUUUGAGCAUAUGUUGUGGUUGAUGCAAAAUGAUUUCUCUUCUUUAUUUGAGCUUAAUCUCAAGGAAAUUAUUGACUUCUACGCUCAAGAUAGUUAUUAAAAGAAUAAAAUACGAUCCUGAUUCGAUAUUAGAAGUAGAUUGAAUUUUACUUAGAUUGUCUAUAGGUCCAUUUCGUAUGAUGAGGAGAAAUUUACAUAGAUUAACAAGAAGGUAUUAUGUUUUUUUUUCCUUCUUUUUUUUCUUCGAGUCUAACACAUUUUUAUCUCUAUCCUCUUGUAUAAAGAAAGACAAAAAUUGAUUAUUUUAGAAAGAAAUGUAUA